CGCGUAAACGUAUAGCCGUGUUUUGGUCAGUGAAAAUCGGAGCUCAGUGUUGUUCCUUCAUGGUACGCAAUCAAGUCUUCAGCAUCUAGUCGUCGCCGAACUCUCGUCUUGUGAACAUCUGCGUUUGGUUCAACCAGUUUUCAGUUCUUUCAUAUAAAUCAAAAUGGCUCAAAUUACAAGACUCGCUGUCAUCAAAUUCUUGGAAUUGGUUAUAGUGUGUGUUCUCAUAGGAUUGCACUACCACUCCUUCAAUGCUGGAGAUCAACACACUGCAAUGAUUACGAUGGGUACCUUUGGCGGAUAUUUAAUUAUUCUCGUGGGAUUAUUUGCCGGUAGCCUAUUUGGAGCACCAGUUGAUCGUCGUGUGGAUCUCUUUUUCUCCCUGGUUGGAUGCGUUUUGUUCAUUGUUGCCGGAGCUCUGAACAUCGACUUUUUCUCAAACUUGGCCUACAAGGGCUCUUUUCGCGACACUGGUAUAGCGAAAGGUGUAAUCAGCUUAGUCGAGGGAGUACUAUUUCUAGUGGAUGCCUUUUUCACGUACAGAGGAGAAGCUUAAAAUCGAACCGAGAAGAAACCUAAAAUCACUCAAUCAUCCGUCGUUUUCAAAAUGGUACAAUCACAUUCCGUAAUAAGAAACAUACGGAAUUAUUAUCAAGAAGAUACUGCCAAAGAGUAAACGAUUUCAUCGUAUGUUUUUAAGGAACGAUUAAUUUUUUUGAAGAUAUUUAAGACAAAGAUUACGCUAAUUUUUACGACAAAAUGUGUACAAGUGAAACAGAAAACAGAGUACAAAUAAAAGUAAUUCUCAAUUAA